UGGCUACAAAACAAACCCAAAGUUUGACAGUUUAUAUAACCUCACAAGGCCGCUCCCGGAAAAUUUUCUCAGUGGUGUUUUAAUUCGGGCUCUGCCCCAAAUGGAACCACAAAAAACACUCUAUUCUCACGUCCUGAACCUGUGAUUCUCCGGCAAGAUGUUGGUACACGAGGCGAAAGUGUGCAUUGUCAACUUCCUUGCAACCGUCGCUGUGAUUUUCGGUAUUUCAUCCACGGAAUUCCGAUUUGAGUACUCCUUCGAGAGGUGGUUCAUCAUCUUCUGGAGCCCCCUUCUUCUCUACAUCAUCAUCAAUUUCAUCAUUCGCUUCUACUACACCGAUUCCAGUGACUACCAAAUCGCCGUCCGAGCAUGUUUCCUGGGAUAUGUCUUUGCAAUGGGAGUAUUCAUCUUCUUUCUGGCACCUGAGCACAUCCGGGCAUUCGGCCUCUAUGCUGCCAUAAUGGGAACAUUCCAUUGGACAGAAUACUUGGGGAUUGCCAUCUCCAAUCCCAGUACUCUCUCAGCGGAUUCCUUCGUUCUCAAUCACUCAGCUCACUACCUUCUAGCUGCUAUCUCAAGCUGGAUAGAAUUCGCCCUUGAAUCCUAUUUCUUCCAUAAUCUUAAAUCCCAGUGGAUAUUCUGGAUCAUUGGAUUCCUAUUGUGUAUAUUUGGAGACGUUCUAAGAAAGAUUGCAAUGAUUACAGCACACAACAACUUUACGCACAUUGUGCAAUUUGUAAGGAAUGAAGGACACAAGUUGGUCACGCACGGAGUCUACAGUCGUAUGCGGCAUCCUUCCUACGUUGGAUGGUUUUGGUGGUCAAUUGGAACACAGAUCAUCCUCGUGAAUCCACUUUGUACUGUUCUAUAUGCAAUAAUAAGUUGGAUAUUCUUCCGUGAACGUGUCUACGUGGAAGAGAUCACACUACAUAAUUUCUUUGGGGAUGAAUACGUUGAGUACCAAAAGAAUGUUGGCACAGGACUGCCCUUCAUCCGGGGAUACCAUCUGGGAAUGCCAAUUGGGCCGCAUUAGUGAGCGCCAAGAACAAAGGAAGUAAUUUAACAUGAAUAAAAAUUAAAAAGUCUUCUUCAUUUGAAGGCUGCAACAGGAUGCCCUUAACUUAAGCAGAAAAAAAAUAGUCAUUGGCUAGAGAGUUUGUGAGUUUUCUUUUCUUGUGUCUUUCAGGACAAUUAUACUUGAGGAUAUUUUAACAAAAAAAAAAACUAAUUUUGUACAUAAGCCAUAUAGGGCGAAUUUUUUUCUAAUUUAAUAUGAUAAAAAUGCAUUUUAUUUGAAACUAA